GGUCAGCAGGAAGUCGAUACGUGGCCGCCUCCUGUCCCCGCUGAGGAGGCACAGCAGCCGGAGAUGGCGGCGGUGCUGAACGCGGAGCGACUGGAGGUUUCCGUCGAUGGCCUCACGCUGAGCCCAGACCCGGAGGAGCGGCCCGGCGCGGAAGGCGCCCCGCUGCUGCCGCCGCCGCUGCCGCCGCCUUCGCCUCCUGGGGCCGGCCGGGGCCCGGGCGCCGGAGGGGAGCAACCGGAGCCCGGGGAGGCGGCGGCGGGGGGCGCGGCGGAGGAGGCGCGGCGGCUGCAGCAGCGCUGGGGCUUCGGCCUGGAGGAGCUCUACGGCCUGGCGCUGCGCUUCUUCAAAGAAAAAGAUUGCAAAGCAUUUCAUCCAACUUAUGAAGAAAAAUUGAAACUUGUGGCCCUGCAUAAGCAGGUUCUUAUGGGUCCAUAUAAUCCAGACACUUGUCCUGAGGUUGGAUUCUUUGACGUACUAGGGAAUGACAGGAGGAGAGAAUGGGCAGCCCUGGGAAGCAUGUCUAAAGAGGAUGCCAUGGUAGAGUUUGUCAAGCUCCUAAAUAGGUGUUGCCAUCUCUUCUCAACAUACGUCACGUCCCACAAAAUAGAGAAGGAAGAACAAGAGAAAAAAAGGAAAGAAGAGGAGGAGAGAAGGCGGCGUGAAGAAGAAGAAAGAGACCGUCUGCAGAAGGAGGAAGAGAAACGUAGGAGAGAAGAGGAGGAAAGACUUAGACGGGAGGAGGAAGAAAGGAGGCGAAUAGAAGAGGAGAGGCUUCGACUGGAGCAACAGAAGCAGCAGAUAAUGGCAGCUUUAAACUCCCAGACUGCCGUGCAGUUCCAGCAGUAUGCGGCCCAGCAGUAUCCAGGGAACUACGAGCAACAGCAAAUUCUCAUCCGCCAGUUGCAGGAGCAGCACUAUCAGCAGUAUAUGCAGCAGUUAUAUCAAGUCCAGCUUGCACAGCAACAGGCAGCAUUACAGAAACAACAGGAAGUCGCAGUUGCUGGGGCAUCUUUGCCUACAUCAUCAAAAGUGAAUGCAACUGUAGCAAAUGAUGUGAUGUCAGUUAAUGGACAGGCCAAAACAAACGCUGACAAUCCUGAAAAAGAGCUUGAACCUGAAGCUGCAGAAGAAGUCCUAGAGAAUGGACCAAAAGACUCUCUUCCAGCCAUAGCAGCGCCAUCCAUGUGGACACGACCCCAGAUCAAAGACUUUAAAGAAAAGAUUCGACAGGAUGCAGAUUCUGUGAUUACAGUGGGCCGAGGAGAAGUGGUCACUGUCCGAGUCCCCACCCAUGAAGAAGGAUCAUACCUCUUUUGGGAAUUUGCGACAGACCAUUAUGACAUUGGGUUUGGGGUAUAUUUUGAAUGGACAGAUUCUCCCAACACUGCUGUCAGUGUGCACGUCAGUGAGUCCAGCGAUGACGAGGAGGAGGAAGAAGAAAACAUCACUUGUGACGAUAAAGCCAAAAAGAAUGCCAACAAGCCUCUGCUGGAUGAGAUUGUGCCUGUGUACCGACGGGACUGUCACGAAGAAGUAUAUGCCGGCAGCCACCAAUAUCCAGGGAGAGGAGUCUAUCUCCUCAAGUUUGACAACUCCUACUCAUUGUGGAGGUCAAAAUCUGUCUACUACAGAGUCUAUUAUACUAGAUAAAAAUGUUGUUACAGGGUUGGGCAGAGGAAAGCAUUUAAUUUGGAAAUUUCUUUUGACUUUUGUGGAGCAUUGCAGUCUGUGUUUACCCUAUUGAUUUUGGUCUGAUGGUCUGCAAACUCACUGGGAAUCAGAUUUCCUUGAGACUCUUGAGCAUUCAUACAUUCGGGUAGAAGGGAGUCCUGAGACUCGUCCAGCCCGUGGGUGCUCACCAGCAGAGUCAUUAGUGGAUGCUGAAGUUAUAUGAGCUAUGUGUUAAAUCUUGAAAGUCUCCCAAAUAAAAUAUCCCAACAUUGACCCCACUGGCUGAUGGUUAGUCCAUUGCUGCCUGCUGUGUUUUCUGCAAACCCAUAGUUAGAGUGCUCUCUCAUUUGAAAUCCUUAUGUUCAUAAUAUGCAUGAGGUGAAGAUGAUUUUGAUGAAAGAUCGCCACUUUUUAAAUUAAAAACUAAGAUUCUCAUGAUGGGAAAAGAGGUAGUCAUCUUGACUUGUUCUGAAUGGCAGAUCAUUUUUUACCUUGGGUGCAGCUGUUUAGCUGAGUGAUAUGUUACAGGGAGCUUUUUUGACAUCAUCUUAAGAUAGACUAUUCAAAUCUAAUUUAUAGUUGAAAUCCCAAUAUAAGAACAUCUCAGAUAUCCUUCUUUGUAAGCCUCCACACACUUGGAUUCUUUUCACGUGUUCAUACCGCUGGUAGUAGAGCAGAUGCGGUUUGUUUUUUCUUGAUUUGGCUUUGUAUACAAGAGCAUAUCAAGUUGAACCUUUCUAACACAAGUAUGUAGUUGGGGAUUUUGUUAACUCGGAUUGGCAACUAUUAAAUAAAAACAUAAAUUGAUAUAAGUACAAUGCAGUGUAUGGGGAAUAACAUUGCACUAAUAGGAAAAUCACUGCCAGAGAUAUAGUGUGUGUUCCUUUAUUUUGUUACUAAAACACAAACUCUACAUGAUUCAUAUGCCAUGCUUAAAUUUUUUAUAGCUUUAAUCUGUAUUAUGUCUUUAUUGAUGGGAUGAGUUACAUCUUUGUUUUCCUUACUUGAAAACAAAUAUGAAUUAAUUGCCUCAAAUUCAUGUGAUUGACUACUCUAGAAAUUGUUUUCAGGAGGGAGGGUAAUUGUAGGUAGAAAGCGACAAAGAUGGCAAUAUACACAUAACAUGCUUAUUCUGUUACUGAAAUACAUAGAUUUUUAAAUUUUCAAAUCAUAAGACACUUCUAGUAGGGUUUCCAUUGAUAAGCUGCAGUAUAUACAUGUCACUACAUAAGGGAUUUUUGUGUGUGUGCUAUAUUUCUGUUUUUUGAUACCUAGUUUUGUACCUAUUAACUCUGUUUAGGUUACUCUGAAACUGGAUUAUUUUCUCUUAAGCAGUGUUUUAUUUGUGUUUUUAGAUUUGAUUUUGGUAGCCCCAGCUCACAGGUAUCCACGCUGUUACAUCCAGGAUUGUCAUCAGGUCAUCCAUCAACUCCUUGUAUAUAUGGUAUAGAAACCACGGGGUUAGGCACUUACUGGCUUUUUUUUUUUUUAAUGAGAAAAAUACUGUAUUUAAGAUGUAAAAUAAACUUGUAAAAGCAGGCACUAAUAUAUAUUUCUUCUAGCCUUUGAUUACAGGUUUGUCCUUGCAUAUAUUAAGAUGAAUUCUCUUCUAAAAAUAUCAUUGUUCUUGGGAGCAGUGUAUGUUACUUUACAUAGCAGUAAUUCCUGUCUUGUGUUCAUAUAAGAACAUUUUUGGUUUUAAACUUU